GGCCCCGAGUGGAGAAGGCCUCGCCCGGGCACAGGCUGGCUGCCUCCCGGCUCCUGUGGCCUUUGGCUGGGACCGGUUCUCUCCUGGUCCCAUCUGGGCUGCCCGUGGCGGCCCCCCAGGUCUGGGUCGGGGCUGCCUGUGCGGCUCUGCGUGCGUGCAUUAGUGGGGGAUUCUGUGCCUCUGGGGGCACAGCGGGGUGGGGCCUGUCACCAGGGCCACUGGCUCUGGGGUGAGGACAGGACCCCAACCCUGAGCGUGCACCCCAUCGCGUUUCCCUGGCCUUCUGCCCGCUCUGCCCCUCCCCGAGAGUGGCGGCUGCCCACCGGGCCCUGGGUCCGGCCUUUCCAGUGCCCAGAGGCCCAACCCCUGCAGAGCUGGGGGGGCGGGUUCCACGCACCCCUGGACUCAGUCUGUCCUGCCGCCUAGGACACGCCCCAGGGGGCUUCUGCUCCUAGUGACGGGUCUGCAGAGGGGUCUGAGGCAUCUGCAGGGGUCACCCUGCCCGGGCCCGAGCUGCUCCCCAGGCCCCCACCCCACUCUCCCCCUGGCCCUCCUGCUGUAGCCUCUGUGCUCGGCCUCCCGGAGGUCAGUCCCCGUGUCCGGACGUCCAGGAAGCCUUCCCUCACCCCAUCACCACCACGCCCUGAGAUGGAGGUAGACGUGUCCCCCGGGAGCUUGCUGAAGUGGGGAAUCUGGGCCCUGCUUGGGCGGUGGGAGUGCCGGGGCCAGAGGGAGGACACCGCGAGCUGGCCGUGGGGAGGGGGCUCUAAGCAGCUCUGGGCCUGGUCACUCGGCCCGUCUGGGGUGGGGGCUGGGUGGCUGGAGGGUUGGGGAGGCUCGUGGUGCGGACCCUGCUUUCUUACCGCCGCCGUGUUACUUGGGGCUCCAGCAGGCCUCCCCGUCCCCCUGGGGCCAGGCCCCCCACCCAAGUAUUCCAGGGCGGGGGCUCCUCCCCUCUCUCCGGCAGACCACCGCUGUGCCCUGGUCCCCUGCGGCAGGGAGCCUGUGGCCGCCCGUCCUGGUCCUCUCACUGUGCCCCCCGGAGCCCCCUCCCCAGCUCCCUGGAUGUUAUUUGCAUGAAGAGCACAUAGUUAGAAUUGCCUCCUGAAAGGCAUUUAAUAUUGUCAGAGGAAAGAAAGUUAGAUUACACUCGAUUCCUGACAUUAAUGUACCACUUAAGGUAAUUCAUCAUCGUGCGGUAUUAAAGAAGACAGCCCCUCCCCCCGGGGCUGCCUGGGCCGUCUCUCAGGAGUGGAAGCCCCUUUUUAUGCAAAAUGUAUUUUUUCCCUACCUAGCUGCUAUUCAGCGGGGCUUUGCAAUAUCUGAACAUUUAGGGGGAGACGUGCUUGUGUGGCGCAAAGACCCUGUCAUUUCCCCGCGGUAAUGAAAGGAUUCUCGCAGACAGUGACCCAGGCAUUUAGCUGGGACGGUGGCGCGUGGCGUGGGGCUGGCGCACGCGAUGUCCCCUCCCCGCCGGGAACGCUCUCCAAUCCGCAGAACCCAUUUGGCUCCUGAAGCGGCCAGGAGUUCACGCUGAAAAAAAAUUGCCCAAAAUUACUGGGAAAUGCACGUUUUCAUCUGCUUGGCAGUGGCGUUUGGAAAUGAAAUAGUUUUGUUCAUGUCGUCGGGGAAUAAGAGAAUCGAUUCUCGGCUAAUGGAGCCCAGGUUCGGAGGAGCUCAAUAGAAAAGUAUGUCUUUCCGCGUCUCCCCGGAGGACCCCCUCUCCUUACGGCGGCGCGAGUUUGCAUGUCAAUUUGCCACAUGCCAAAGGGACGGAGAUGGUGCCUCGUGCGAACUACCCACGGUGAAGGUCAUGCUGCGGAUCUGGCCUGCGCAGGGGGCCCAGCGCUUGGCCGAGUCCUCGUCCUUCCUGAAGGUGGACCUGAGGAAGAAGCAGGUGACCCUCUAUGACCCGGCCACGGGGCCCCCAGGCUGUGCGGGCCCCCGACACGCCACCACGGCUGCCGUUCCCAAGAUGUUUGCCUUUGAUGCCGUCUUCCCCCAGGACUCGGAGCAGGCCGAGGUCUGCUCGGGGACAGUGGCCGACGUGCUUCAGUCGGUGGUCAGUGGGGCCGAUGGCUGCAUUUUCUCCUUUGGCCACGUGAGCCUUGGCAAGUCGUACACCAUGAUCGGGAAGGACAGCUCGCCCCAGAGCCUGGGCAUCGCGCCCUGCGCCAUCUCCUGGCUCUUCCGGCUCAUUGACGAGCGCAAGGAGAGGGUGGGCGCCCGCUUCUCCGUCCGCGUCUCGGCCGUGGAGGUGUGUGGCCGGGACCAGAGCCUGCGGGACCUGCUGGCCGAGGUGGCCUCCAGCAGCCUGCAGGACGCCCAGUCCCCGGGGGUGUACCUGCGGGAGGACCCCGUCUGCGGGGCGCAGCUCCAGAACCAGAGUGAGCUGCGGGCGCCCACGGCUGAGAAGGCGGCCUUCUACCUGGACGCGGCACUGGCUGCGCGCAGCGCCAGCCAGGCCGGCGGUGGCGAGGACGCCCUGGGCGGCUCGCACAUGCUCUUCACGCUGCACGUGUACCAGUACCGUGUGGAGAAGUGUGGCAGGGGCGGAAUGUCUGGAGGCCGCAGCCGCCUGCACCUCAUCGACUUUGGCAGCUGUGAGGGGGCACCUGGCAGGGGUGGGGAGGCCCCCGGGGGCCCGCCACAUCUGUCCUUGUCGGCUUUGGGCAGCGUCAUCUUGGCCCUGGUCAGUGGAGCCAAGCACGUGCCCUACAGGGAGCACAGGCUCACCAUGCUGCUGCGGGAGACCCUGGCCACCGCCAACUGCCGCACCACCAUGAUCGCCCACGUCUCCGAUGCGCCCGCCCGCCACGCCGAGACGCUCAGCACCGUGCAGCUGGCCGCCCACCUCCACCGCCUGCGCAGGAAGAAGGUCAAGUACGCGUCCAGCUCCUCGGGUGGGGACAGCUCCUGCGAGGAAGGCCGUGCCCGCCGCCCCCCGCACCUGCGACCCUUCCACCCGCGCUCUGCAGCCCCAGACCCCGACCGCCUGGCCCCCAGCUCGCCCGGCGACCCCGACUACUCAUCCAGCAGCGAGCAGUCCUGCGACACCGUCAUCUACGUGGGGCCGGGGGGGGCGGCGCUGUCGGACCGCGAGCUCACGGACAGCGAGGGCCCCCCCGACUUUGUGCCCAUCAUCCCCGCACUGAGCCGCCGCCAGCCCUUCCGGGGCCCGCGUGACGCUGACCACUUCCGCUGUAGCACCUUCGCGGAGCUGCAGGAGCGGCUGGAGUGCAUCCACGGCAGCGAGGGCCCCCCAGGAGGCCUGGGUGGCACCAGUGGAGCCCAGGCUAGCCCGGCCCGCGGGGGCAGGAAGCCCUCGCUGCCCGAGGCCGCGGCCCCCAGGAAAGCCGUGGGCUCCCCACUGGCCGCCAGCACGCCUCGCGGCAGCCCCGGCCCAGAUACCCACCGGGUUGCCCCAGAGCCCUCCAAGGCUGGUGGUGACCAGAGAGAGGACGGCAGUGCCAGGCCCGAGCUGCCUGUGCCGGAUAAGGCCACGGGGGGCAGAGGCAGGAGGCCGCUGCCCAGCCCGGCCCCCCCACUGCCUCGGCAGCUGGAAGCUGGCGGGGCCCCAGAGGAGCCUGGGGGAGCCGACGGUGUGGGUGUGGUACGGACACCCCCCGUGGGCAUGAGCGGGCAGGACGGCUGCCCCCGCCCCUCCGCACGCGGCCAGUGUCUGGAGCGGGGCCUGCUGACCACCACGGUGACCUUGCAGCAGCCCGUGGAGCUCAACGGCGAGGACGAGCUGGUGUUCACACUGGUGGAGGAGCUGUCCCUGGGGGGGCUGGCCGGCCCCGGGCGACCCUCCAGCCUGGCCAGCCUCAGCAGCGACUGCUCCCUGCAGGCCCUGGCCUCGGGUUCGAGGCCUGUCAGCAUCAUCAGCAGCAUUAACGAUGAGUUCGACGCGUACACCUCGCAGGCGCCCGGUGGGGCCCCGGACGGGGCGGCCGCGGCCGGCGGCAGCCACGGCUCCUCCGUCAGCUCGUGGCUCAGCGAGGUCAGCGUGUGCACAGCCGACAGCCUCGGCCCCGCCCCGCGGCCUCCCUCGCGGGCCAGCCCAGACCCCUUGAGCCCCGGCUCGCCAGCGGGGCCUGAGCCUCUGGGCUCCCCGAUCCUGGGUGGCUCCUUGGAGGGCAGCAGCUUUCAGUUCUCAGAGCAGGACAGACCGGACAGUCCCGGCCCCGCCCAGAGUCCUCGUCCCACGGAGGAGGCCACGGCAGCUGCCAGCCGACCUGGCCGGGAGGCCCACGCCGCGUCCCCACGGCGGGCCGCCCCAGCACCAACCAUCCACUCCAGCCUUCCCCGCAGACCGAGGACUACCUCAGCGGCCAGUCGUGUGGGCUGCCCCCGCCUGGCCCCGGGCCCGCCUGGCCCCGGAGGCCUCUUCGAGGACCCUUGGCUUCUCCGGGCGGACGAAUGUGGCCUGCUGCCCCUGGCCUCUGCCAGCAGGGCCCCCGGCCUGGCCCCGAUGCUGGCUUGUGCCCGGAGGGUGGUGGACGGCUGUGAGGUGGGCAGGGCAGCGCACAGGCCAGAGGCCGUGGCUCAGAUCCCACCGCUGCGGAGGGGAGCCACCACGCUGGGUGUGACCACGCCCUGCACAUCCUUCGGGGACGCCUCGGCCGAGGCAGCGGCCUGCCUGGGCAGCCCAAAGGCCACGUCCAGCAGCAAGAAGAGUGUGGCCUCCAAAGGGGACCCCUGCCCGCGGCCUGGCGGGGGGGCGGCCCCCCCGGCCCCGCCGGUGCGCAAGUCCAGCCUGGAGCACAAGAACAGCCCGGCGCCGGCCCCUCCCCAGGCCGGGAGCCUGGCUUGGGCCGGGGCUGCCACCUGCCUCCGAGGGGAGGGGGAGGCCAGGCCUGGCGGCCGGGCCGACCACGCCAUCCCCAGGGCCACAUCCAGCCUGAAGGCCCGGGCUGGCAAGGCAGAGGCAGGGUGCCGUCCUGCCACUCACGGGUCUCUGGAGCGGUGCGAGGAGGGCCUGGCGCACGGUAGCAGCAAGGCCAGGGAAGGCCCCGGGAGGCCGGCCCGGGCCAUGCCCAGGUUGGGUGUGCCGCCUGCCAGCCCCACGCCUGGGCCCGCUCCUGCCUGUAGGAGCAGCCCGGCUAAGGGCGUGGGGGCCCCCAAGCCCCCCACCAGCGGGGGCAAGGGCCGCAGCCCGGCGGCAGGCGGGUCCAGGGCUCUGGGUGCUUCGGUGAAGCCGCUGGCCCCUGUGGCGGGCAGGACCCCUGGGGGCCCAGUGACGGGCCCCAGGGUCGCCCCGCGAGCGGUGCCUUGCGUUGGGGCCAAGGCCAGCCGGGGCACCAUCAUGGGCACCAAGCAGGCGCUGCGGGCCGCCCACAGCCGCGUCAACGAGCUGGCGGCCGGCGGAGGCCACGGCCGAAGUGGCCCCUUGUGGGGCUCGGCCGACUCGGACAGCGGCAACGACAGCGGGGUGAACGUGUCCGAGGAGCGGCCGCCCGCGGGCCCGGUGCUGCCCUCCCCGUACAGCAAGGUGACGGCCCCGCGGCGGCCGCAGCGCUACAGCAGCGGCCAUGGCAGCGACAACAGCAGCGUGCUGAGCGGGGAGCUGCCGCCCGCCAUGGGCCGCACGGCCCUCUUCUACCACAGCGGCGGCAGCAGCGGCUACGAGAGCAUGAUGCGCGACAGCGAGGCCACCGGCAGCGCCUCCUCGGCCCCUGACUCAAUGAGCGACAGUGGGGCCGCAUCCCCGGGCGCCCGCUCCCGCAGCCUCAAGUCCCCCAAGAAGAGGGCCACAGGUCUGCAGCGGCGACGGCUGAUCCCGGCCCCACUGCCCGAUGCUGCUGCCCUGGGCCGCAAGCCCAGCCUCCCCGGCCAGUGGGUGGACCUGCCACUGCCCCUGGCUGGCUCGCUGAAGGAACCCUUUGAGAUCAAGGUGUACGAGAUUGAUGACGUGGAGCGCCUGCAGCGGCACUGCCUGCCCCCGAGGGAGGACCCGGCCGAGCCCUCCCAGAAUGCAGAGAAGGGCCCGGUGUGCGUCAGUGCGAAGUUGCGGCUCGCCGAGCGUAGGCAGCAGCGGCUGCAGGAGGUGUGGGCCAAGCGUGAGGCGCUCCGCGAGGAGCUGGCUGAGACCCAGGGCCGGCUGAUGGUGGAGCCCGGCCGCUGGCUGGAGCAGUUCGAGGUGGACCCGGAGCUGGAGCCCGAGUCGGCCGAGUACCUGGAGGCCCUGGAGCGCGCCACGGCCGCCCUGGAGCAGUGCGUGAACCUGUGCAAGGCCCGCGUCAUGAUGGUCACCUGCUUCGACAUCAGCGUCGCCGCCGCCACCGCUGCCCCGGGGCCGCAGGAGGUGGACGUCUGAGGCUGGGCACUGGGACACGGGGGAGGGGGUGGGGGUGUCGGGGGCUCGAGGACGGGACGUGGGACGGAGCGAGGAUGUGGCGGGGGUUGGAGGGACGAGGAUGCGGAGGGUCCAGUGGGGACCCGCGGGUCUUGGAGGCGAUGGAGCGUGAGGCAGGGGAGGGGCCGGCCGAGCACGUGGACGGAGGAGCGAGUGAGCAGGACACGGGAAGACUAUCGCCCCCAGACAGCAACGCAAGUGCCUUUAACCUUGGACUGGAUUUCUCUCCUUUUCGCGUUUGGUGCUAAGGACUCGAGACACCAGCAGACAGUGCGCUGGGGCCGCCGGCCCGACUGAUCUAAUCGCGCCUUCUUACAGCCAGGCAGUUCCAUGUAGCAAGACAGCCCCGGGCUUGCCGGGCUCCGGGUUAGGAUUCAGGGUUGCUUUUCUUUCAUAGCUGUUUCCGCUCAGCAGAGCCCGCCUUGGUGGUCUCCAGACCUCGGCCUGCGUGUGUUCUCUGCGCAGAUUGAGCCGGUGGGGUCUUCCAGGCGGGGAUGGCCGACCCUCCUCUCCCCAGGACCUGCUCUGUUCUGAGGUCACCGGGAGGGCGGCGCCCAAGGGUUGAGCUGAAGGCACCUGGUGCCUUCUUCCACGGCAGGAAUUCUUACCAAAACCACAAGCAAAAAACAAACCAACACACACAAAAAUGGGAGGGGGGGGAGGGUUUUGUAAAGGUUCUGUUAGGUUCGUAUUUUUAUAUCGUUUUGCCUAUAACUGAGGUAUUUGCAGUUGGAAUUUGAAGACAAAUGGUCUAUGUUUUUAUGGUUUUCUAUGGGAGGUGUCACUCCGGCCGGGCUCUUUCUGGGGGUCCCCAAGCAGGGCGGGGGUCCUCAGAGCCACUUCUUGUCAAAUGUAGACCAGGGGUGAGCCCGCCGGCGAGCGGGACGCUCCCGUCACUGCGGGUUCUGUUUUCUGAUCGUCAUGUGUUUUCUAGGGCUGUCCAAACGUUUGUACAAAUGUGUAGAUAAUAUCUUGCUACAGCUUUUAUCUGUGAAUAAAAGAUGCACUCAUUGUU